CCUUCUCCAACGCCUGCCUCAGGCCACUCCACCAACCCCAGGCUCCAAGAAGAGCAGGUUGCAACCUUCUGUGGAAAGUGCCACAACAGUGCUCACAGUUGAUUCUGCCUUUGUGUUUUCGACUGGAAACAAACUUCAUGAAUUCUGCUCCCACCUCUGCCCCUAAUCCCUUCCCACCCUACAGCCUUGGAGAAACAGUGAAGAAAGAUGAUUCUCUUGAGAGAUGCCAAAGGCCAGUACCUGUUUGACCUUCUUUGCCACCACCUGAACCUACUUGAAAAAGAUUAUUUUGGGAUCCGCUUUGUGGAUCCAGAUAAGCAGCGGCACUGGUUGGAGUUUACAAAGUCUGUGGUGAAGCAGUUGAGAUCCCAGCCCCCAUUCACCAUGUGUUUCCGUGUGAAGUUUUACCCUGCAGACCCUGCUGCCCUGAAAGAAGAAAUCACCAGGUACUUAGUCUUCCUGCAGAUCAAAAGGGAUCUCUACCGUGGCCGCCUCCUCUGUAAGACGUCAGAUGCUGCCUCGUUAGCAGCUUAUAUCCUUCAAGCGGAAAUUGGGGAUUAUGACCCAGGGAAACACCCUGAAGGCUACAGUUCCAAGUUCCAGUUUUUUCCAAAACAUUCAGAGAAGCUGGAAAGGAAAAUUGCUGAGAUUCACAAGACAGAACUCAGUGGUCAAACACCAGCAACAUCAGAGCUGAACUUUUUAAGAAAAGCACAGACAUUGGAGACAUACGGAGUGGACCCUCACCCAUGUAAGGAUGUGUCAGGAAAUGCUGCAUUUCUGGCUUUCACUCCUUUUGGGUUUGUUGUUCUGCAAGGAAACAAGAGGGUCCAUUUCAUUAAAUGGAAUGAGGUGACCAAGCUGAAAUUUGAAGGAAAGACUUUCUAUUUAUACGUAAGUCAGAAAGAGGAAAAGAAAAUUAUUCUCACAUAUUUUGCUCCAACUCCAGAAGCCUGCAAGCACCUCUGGAAAUGUGGAAUCGAGAACCAAGCCUUCUACAAGCUGGAGAAGUCAAGCCAAGUCCGCACAGUGUCCAGCAGCAAUUUAUUCUUUAAAGGGAGCCGGUUCCGAUACAGUGGCCGAGUUGCCAAGGAGGUAAUGGAGUCGAGUGCCAAGAUCAAACGGGAGCCACCGGAAAUACACAGAGCAGGGAUGGUUCCCAGCCGCAGCUGUCCCUCCAUAACGCAUGGCCCAAGGCUGAGCAGCGUCCCCAGGACCCGGAGAAGAGCUGUUCACAUCUCCAUCAUGGAAGGCCUCGAGUCCCUACGGGACAGUGCCCAUUCCACGCCAGUGCGUUCCUCCUCCCAUGGGGACACCUUCCUGCCUCAUGUGAGAAGCAGCCGGGCAGACAGCAAUGAGCGGGUUGCUGUGAUUGCGGAUGAGGCCUACAGCCCUGCAGACAGCAUGCUACCCACCCCUGUGGCUGAGCACAGCCUGGAGCUGAUGUUGCUCUCCCGGCAGAUCAAUGGGGCCACCUGCAGCAUUGAAGAGGAGAAAGAGUCUGAGGCCAGCACCCCAACUGCUGCAGAGGUGGAGGCCCUUGGGGGAGAGCUGAGGGCCCUGUGUCAGGGCCACAGCAAGCCAGAGGAGGAACAGGUGAAUAAGUUUGUUUUAAGUGUCCUCCGUUUGCUUCUUGUGACCAUGGGACUCCUCUUUGUUUUGCUCCUCCUCCUGAUCAUCCUUACCGAGUCUGACCUUGACAUUGCCUUUUUCCGCGAUAUCCGCCAGACCCCCGAGUUUGAACAAUUCCACUAUCAAUACUUUUGUCCCCUCAGGCGAUGGUUUGCCUGCAAAAUCCGCUCAGUGGUGAGCCUGCUCAUUGACACCUGAGAAGGCAUGACUCCUCCCAAUAACUAGCCAGGUGGACCAAGGAGCCCGGCUACCCAUUCCCAGAAAUGGGACCCAUCGCGGAACCAUCGGCACAUGUACCAAGUCCUCCUCUCAUGACUCAAAGUUCACAGCCUAGGAGGGUCACUUCCCAGAAGAAAAAAGGGAUAGGCUCAUGCCUUGUCUAAACAAACUGGGAAGACUUAUUUCCUUCAGACGUUCUUUCAAGAAAGGCUCAGCGACUCUGCUUUUCAUCCUCCCAAUUUGCAGGAUAACUUUUGGUUUUGAAUUUUGAUUUUUCAUAGAUGUGUAUUAUUUUGAAAGUAUCAAUAAAAAUAAUUUAUUUUACUAUUA